UUUCACUCGACUUUAUGUGUAUUUUGGUUCUGCGUUCGCUGACAUGCUCAAUGGUGUUGCUACCUACCCCUAGCCGGGGCUUCUGGGGUGGUUUAAAUGGUUAGUCUUGUGUUAGCUACCGGGUCGAUCGGUCUGAUCUUAGAACCGCGUGCGUUCGAGUUCGUUCGGCAAGUUCGACCGGGACUGUUCCUGUUUAUUUUUUACGUUGUUUGCUCAAACCAGACACCCGACAAAGGUGCGUGCUUUGGUGACUAGUGUCUAGCUGAUUUCCUCACCGGCGACGUCGUCGAUUCCGAUAGCAGAAGCAACUCGUAUCCAGACUUCUGUGAGUGUAAAACUCCUGUACUGGGACGACUGUUCCUCAGCAACACCCGGAGUCAGGUUGUGGCAGCAUGAUUCAGUAAUGCUGUACGUGUUGGUAACAUGCCGAACCAGCUGAGACUCUUCCUCUGACUAUCCCCGCGCAACACUUCAUAAUCGCCAUCAUAAUGGACAACGGCAGCUCAAUAGUGGCCGAUGAUUACGCCGAUAACCAAACAACGGUUCCGGUAUCCAGAUCCUGCCCCACCGAACUACCCACCGUUGUUCAAUAUUUUAAUGGAUUGGACGCGGUUAUUACUGUGAUCAUAGCCAUUACCAUCGUGCUUAGCUUGGCAACGUUUGUGGCAUGCGGCAAGAACAUCCGACAGGUGCUGCGGCACACGCCCAAGCGGUUCAAGUCCAAAACCGUCAUGGUGCUGAUAUUAUAUCCGAUAGUGACAGCGUUGGCGAUUGUAUCGACACUUAUCCCCAAGUCGUACUUCAUUUGCGACACCGCUUCGCACAUCUACUUUAUGAUCAGUGCCUACGUGUUUUACAGCUUAAUAGUAGACUACAUCGGCGGUGAAGAAGCGUUCAUCCGGUCGAGUGACACGGAAACUUUCAAUGCCAGGACCCCACCCUGUUGUUGCUGUUUACCAUUCCUGCAGCGAUCGUCCGUUACCAAAAAUCGGCUGCUGUUCACCAGGCUACUCAUACUUCAGUUGCCAAUUGUGCAAAGUUUGCUCUUUGUUGGAUUGAACAUCGCUUACGUUGAAGAUGCGACAAAUUUCAACUACAUAAUUCUCUACUUCGUUCCAUUUAUCGUUGUGUCGAUCAUCCUGGGGGUAUGGGGUUUAAACAUUAUCGUACGGAUGGUACAUCCAUUGUACAACGAGUUCCAGUUGAUGGCCAAGUAUGUAGUCUUGCAAGCCGUAUUGAUCCUGUGCAAACUCCAACCGCUGGUUAUUAUGGCACUAGUGACCUAUGUCACACCAUCGUGCGCUUUCCCAUUGACCUUACAAGUACAAAAGAAUGCUGUGUUCCAAAUGUGCCUUUGCGCGGAAAUGCUGGUGCUUUCCCUAUGGGCUUUACAUUUGUACAAAACUCCCAACAAGAAUCAACAGUUGUUAGAGAAGGCGGAAUCGACCUGAGUGAUGCCAUGAUUCAUUUAUCUAUCAGACGGAGAUAUUCCUUAAUUAACCUAUGAAUAGCAUGCUUUUACGAAUUCUUGUCGUACUUAACUGUAUGUAAUUUAAUGUGAUAAAAAGAAUUAAAUGUUAUUAUAAUUGUGUAAA